AGUCUUUUCUCUUCCUCCUCCUUUAGCCACAGAUCCAACCACCAUGCUGAGCGGCCUGGCCCGUACGCACUCUGCUGCUGCUGCUACUGCUGCGACGAGCACUGUGGCCCUGCGCGUCCACGCGUUGCGCAGCUCUCUCGGCUCGGCGCUCCAGCCGCGCUCUCUGGCCUCCUCUGCGAUCGCCCGUGCCUCGCAGCAGGGCGUUCCUGGCGUGAUUGCCGUGCGCCGCGAGAACAAGAACCGCUGGGAACGCCGCGCGCCCAUCUCGCCCGCCAACGUGCGCACGCUGCUCGAAGCCCCGACUGCGCCAGGAACCCCGCCCGUGCGCGUCCUCGUCCAGCCGUCCAACCUGCGCGCCUUUGCAGACUCAGAGUAUCAGAAGGCCGGCGCCGUCAUCACGGAGGACAUUAGCCAGGCAAACCUGAUCAUCGGCGUCAAGGAGGUCCCUGUCAAGGAGCUGAUUGCCGAUCGCACAUACAUGUUCUUUUCGCACACGCACAAGGCUCAGCCGUACAACAUGGGCAUGCUUGACGCAAUGCUGCAGAAGAACGUUCGCCUGGUCGAUUACGAGCGAAUGGUCGACGACAAAGCUGCCCGCGUUGUCAAGUUUGGCGAUUAUGCAGGCGUGGCGGGCAUGAUUGACUUUUUGCACCUCCUCGGCGAUCGCUUCCUUGGGCUUGGCUAUCACACUCCAUUCCUGUACGUCGGCUUUGCGCACAGCUACAACCGCAUCGAGCACGCUCUUAAGGCCAUCAACAUGCUGGGGAAGGAGAUUGCCACGAACGGCAUUGCUCGCGACGUGGCGCCAGUCAUUAUUGGCUUCACUGGCGACGGCGCCGUCUCCCGCGGUGCUCGUCAAAUGUUCAGCGCUCUGCCUCAUAAGUGGGUGACGCCCGAGGAGCUUCCCGCCAUUGUCAAGGCAAAAGAUCCUUACACCAUCUACGCCGUGCUGAUCAAGUCGAACGAUUACAUUGAGCCCAUUGAUGCAAACGCAACCUUUGAUAAGCAGGACUACUACAAGAAUCCCCAGAAGUACCGCUCCGUCUUCCACACCAAGAUUGCCCCGUACUUGACUGCUGUGGUGAACGGCAUCUACUGGGAACAAAAGUAUCCUCGUUUGAUGACCACCAAGCAGACCCAAGCCCUCGCUGCAGAGAAGAACCUGCGCAUGAUUGGCCUUGCAGACAUUACGGCAGAUCCCAAUGGAUCCUUUGAGUUUAUGACCCGGUGCACGUCGAUUGACGAGCCCUACUUGAUCUAUGACGUUGAGAAGAACGAGUCUCACACCAACAUGGAGGGCAAGGGCAUCAUGAUUCUCUCUGUGGACAAUCUGCCUGCCGAGCUGCCCAUCGAGUCCAGCGAGUACUUUGGCGACCGUCUGACUCCGUUCUUGCGAAACUUGUCUCUUUCCGAUGGCCUCAAGCCGUUCCAGCAGCAAACUGAGCUCGAUCCGGUUGUCCGUCGAGCUGUCAUCACAGCCAACGGCUCCCUCACGCCAAACUUUGCGUACAUUUCGCAGCUUCGUGCUGCCUACCGUGCGCGCCAAAAGAAAAUCCUGCUGCUCGGCUCAGGCUUGGUCGCAACUCCGCUUGUCGACUACCUCAAGCGCUUCCCAGACACCAUUGUGACUGUUGCCAGCGUUGUUGAAGCUGAGGCGAAGGCUUUGGCCGGUGACCAUCCUCAAGUGUUUGCCAAAGCGCUCGACGUCAGCAACAAGCCGGCACUGGAACGCUUGGUGAUGGAUCAUGAUCUCGUCGUCAGCUUCAUCCCGGCCACCAUGCACGUCCCUGUCGCUGAGGUCUGCAUCCAAUUGCGCAAGCACAUGGUGACAGCCAGCUACAUUUCACCUGCGAUGAAGGCGCUUGACGCGAGCGCCAAGGCAGCUGGUAUUACGAUUCUCAACGAGAUCGGCCUCGAUCCUGGUAUUGAUCAUCUGUCCGCGAUGAAGAUUAUCGAUGAAGCCAAGGCGGCUGGCGACAAGGUCACCUCGUUUGUGUCAUGGUGCGGCGGCCUGCCUGCGCCUGAAAACAGCAGCAACCCGCUUGGUUACAAGUUCAGCUGGAGCCCGCGCGGUGUCUUGCUGGCUGGUCUGAACGCCGCUCGGUUCCGGCGCAACAAGCAGUUGGUCGAGAUUGCCUCUGGCCAGCUCUUCCGCCACGCCGAACCCGUCGACAUCUACCCUGGCUACGCGCUCGAGGGCCUUGCCAAUCGCGACUCUCUGUCCUACGCCGACACGUACACCAUUCCGGACGUUGACACCAUGUUCCGCGGCACUCUUCGCUUCAAGGGCUUUUCUGUCCUCAUGUCUGCGUUGCACUCAAUUGGCUUGUUUGACGUCACUCCCAACGAGCAACUCGCGCAAAACCAAAGCAAAACUUGGCGCGAGGUCAUGCAGACUUUGAUUCCUGCCGGACAGCGCACCGGGGACAUCCAGUCUUACUUUGUCGACAAGGUUGUGGCGGCUCAUCCUGGCUUGGAUCAGCGUGAGCUGCAGCGCAUCAUUGACGCCUUCUCGUGGUUUGGUCUCUUCUCAGACCAACCCGCAGGUCUCCGUGGCACGUACUUGGACACGCUCUGCGAGCUGCUACAGCGUCGGUUGGCGUAUGGCAAGGGCGAGCGCGACAUGGUUUUGCUCCACCACGACAUUUUGAUUGCUCGUGCCGGCAAGAAGACGCCCGAGCGUCGUCAAUCCACUCUGAUUGCUUACGGCGAUCCGAACGGAUACACUGCGAUGGCCAAGACUGUCGCCCUUCCUGCCGCCAUUGCGGCUUACUCCAUCUUGGACGGCACGAUCAAGCGUCGAGGCGUUCUUGCCCCUGUCAACAAGGACAUUUACGAGCCGCUGUUGACCAAGUUGGAAGCCGAAGGCAUCGAGUGCAUCGAGCGCACCAUCUAGUCAUUCGUCAUAAAGUGGUUGUUUUGAUGUCAACGUUCAUACAUUCGAAUUGGGAUUGUGAAAUAAUGGGCUGGCGGCGGGAGGGAG